AUGGCCGGGGCAAUGUUGUUCGAGAGAUCACGCGUGUCGUCGUCUAACAGAGAGGAGGACGUCCGCAUGACCGACAAAAUGGUUAGCACAGGCGAAGUGCCCGAAGAUGACGAGGAAAAUAUCAGAGCCAAAGAACAAGGAAUACUGAAUCUCGGAGAGAAAUACAAGAAGGAAGGGAAAGCCAAGGAGUUAGCGGAAUUAAUAAAAGCCACCAGGCCUUUCUUAAGUCUGAUAAGCAAGGCUAAAGCAGCUAAACUUGUCCGUUCCCUUGUUGAUUUCUUUCUUGAUUUAGAAGCUGGCAUUGGUAUUGAAGUUCAACUGUGCAAAGAAUGUAUAGAAUGGGCCAAGGAAGAGCGCCGCACCUUCUUAAGACAGUCUCUGGAAGCCAGACUCGUCGCUCUUUACUUCGACACUGGUAUGUACACCGAGGCCUUAGAUUUAGCGACUGCCCUAUUAAAAGAACUCAAGAAGUUAGAUGACAAAAAUUUGUUAGUGGAAGUGUUACUAUUGGAGAGUAAAACCUAUCAUGCCCUCAGUAAUCUUCCUAAGGCGCGCGCUUCGUUGACGUCAGCUAGGACCACAGCAAAUGCUAUCUAUUGUCCUCCAAAAAUGCAGGCAGCAUUGGAUUUGCAAUCAGGUAUACUCCACGCUGCUGAUGAGAGGGACUUCAAAACUGCUUACUCUUACUUCUAUGAAGCCUUCGAAGGUUACGACGGUGCUGACAGUCCUAAAGCUUUAACGGCUCUAAAAUAUAUGUUAUUGUCCAAAAUCAUGCUCAGUCAAGCGGAAGAGGUGGCCACAGUUUGCAGUAGUAAAGCAGCUCUGAAAUAUGCAGGUAAAGAAUUAGAAGCCAUGAGAGCAGUCGCUACUGCAUCUCACAAAAGAUCACUUGCCGAUUUUCAAGCUGCUUUAAAGACUUAUAAGCCAGAAUUAGAAGAAGAUGCCGUAGUCAGAGCUCAUCUUGGCUCUCUAUAUGAUACUAUGCUUGAACAGAACUUGUGUCGCAUCGUAGAACCUUAUAUGAGAGUUCAAGUGGACCAUGUAGCUAAGUGUAUCCGUCUACCAGUUGUUCAAGUAGAGAAAAAAUUAUCACAGAUGAUACUCGACAAGAAGCUAAAUGGUAUACUUGACCAGGGAGAGGGCGUUUUAAUUGUUUUCGACGAAUCCCCCCUCGAGAAGACCUACGAAACAGUUUUAGAAACCAUUCACCAUAUGAGCAAAGUUGUUGAUACACUCUACCAGAAAGCUAAAAAACUAUCAUAG